GGGCUGAAGGGCCUGUGGACCUGUACUAUCUCAUGGACCUGUCCCACUCCAUGAAGGAUGACCUGGAGAACAUCAAAAGACUGGGCAGUGACCUGUUGGCUGCCCUACGCAAUAUCACCACCUCUGUGAAAAUUGGUUUUGGCUCCUUCGUGGACAAGACACUGCUACCCUACGUGAGCACGUCACCCGCCAAGUGGCGCCACCCCUGCCCGAUCCCCAAUGAGCCCUGUCAGUCACCGUUCAGCUAUCGGCAUGUGCUGGCGCUCACUGACAACGCCAGCGAGUUUGAGAGCAGGGUCAGCCAGCUGUUUGUCUCGGGGAACCUGGACCCGGCCGAGGGAGGCUUCGAUGCCAUCAUGCAGGUGGCGGUUUGCAAGGAACAGAUUGGCUGGCGGGAUGUGACAAGGCUGCUGGUCUUCACCUCAGACGGCACUUUCCACAUGGCUGGGGAUGGGAAAUUGGGCGGAGUCUACAUGCCCAACGACGGGCACUGUCACCUGGACGAAAAUGGUCUAUACACUGAAAGCCACCUCUAUGACUACCCCUCUGUUGGGCACUUGGCUGAAGUGCUCUCCCAAUCUAACAUCCAGCCCAUAUUUGCUGUGACUGGUUCCAGGAUUCUUAUGUAUGAGGAGCUGAGCAAACUCAUUCCAAAGUCGGCUGUCGGGGAACUGAAGGAAGAUUCCAGCAAUGUGGUGCAGCUCAUUAUUGACGCCUACAAUAGCCUCUCAUCCACCGUCAACUUGGAGCACUCCUCCGACCUUCCUCCCGGCGUCUCGAUUGCUUACGACUCGCACUGCGGCGACUCAGAAAAGUUCGGAGACCCGCAGGGCGGAGAAUGCUCCGGCGUGCACAUCAACCAGUUGGUGCGGUUCACCGUAAGGAUAAAUGCAUCCGCCUGCCUGCCUAGGACCCAUGAUCUGGUGCUACGAGUGCUGGGAGUAGGGGAGGAGCUGCGGGUACAGCUGUCAACGGUGUGCCAGUGCCAGUGCGGAGAUGCCCAGCCCCGUGCGCCUCACUGUUCCGGUGGCCAGGGCAACCUCACCUGUGGUGUGUGCAGCUGUCAGGGGGGCCACAGAGGCCGUCUCUGCGAGUGCAAGCAAGAGGAACUUGAUGACCCGGAAACGGGGUGCCGCGGCGGAAAUGGCACCGGUCCCGUGUGCAGCGGCAAGGGCCAGUGCGUGUGUGGGAAAUGCCAGUGCCACGCCCACGCCAGUGGCCCCCUGUGCAAGUGUGACAACACCGUCUGUGAACGACACAACGGGCAGCUGUGUGCAGGUAAUGGGCAGUGCAGGUGCGGCAUUUGUGAGUGCCAGAGCAACUACACCGGCAGGGCCUGCGAAUGCAGCCCGGACACCAGCGGAUGCGUGCAGGAGGGUGCCAUAUGCAGUGCCCACGGGCGCUGUGUCUGCAACAGGUGCCAGUGUAAGACUGGCUGGCUGGGCAGCCACUGCAGCCGCUGUGCCGAGUGCCGGACACCUUGUGAGCAACACAGGGACUGCGCCGAGUGCAAAGCUCUCGGGACAGGCCCCCUGAGCGGGAACUGCAGUGUCUCUUGCAACCAGACGAUGAAGGUGUUGCCGGCACCCCCCGCGGAUGAGAAAUGGUGCAAGGCGACAGCAGGAGACGGCAACCUGCUCAUCUACCUCGUGGAGGCGGACGAGACCGGCGGUAUCACCUUGACCGUGAACAGCCGAGAGGGUACUACUGACCAGACACUCAAACUGGUUCUGGGUUUGGUACUGGGCUUUGUGGUUUUUGGGGUGUUCUUCAUUGGGCUAUACCGUGGCGUCGUGGAGAUCUGCGACCGGAGGGAAGUCAAGCGCUUCGAGGAAGAGUGCAGACGGGCCAAGGGGAAUGAGGUGAACAAUCCACUGUUCCGGCGAGCUACGACCACCAUAGUCAACCCCAAGUACAGGAAGAACUGA